GAAAGAUCAAAAACAUCCUACCGUCUUCCAAAUCACUGCCCGAGAGUCCUUUGUUUUCUGCUCAGACCACAGUGUCUUUCACUUCAGAGCGCUACAAUGGCUUCCAAGAAGGCUCAGAAAUCCUCUCCUACCAAGAUGUCCAAGGACAAGAAGACGGCUCCUGCUCCUCCUGCGCCCCUCGUCGCGGCGAUCUCCCAAUACCUCUCCGACAAUGGACUGUCUAAGACCCACGAUGCGCUCACCAAGGAGUUGAGCAGCAAGUCCAUUAAGAUUAACACCAAGAAUGUGCCUUCUCUGAUGGAGCUUUUCAAGACCUGGGAGCAGAACCAGUCCUCUAAGUCUGACAGCUCGGAUGAGUCCAGCUCUUCCUCCUCGGACAGCGACAGCAGCUCGGACGACUCGAGUGAUUCCGAUGUCGAGAUGGAUGACGCCCCGAAGACGCAGAAGAAGCAGUCUAGAAGUUCCUCGCCUUCGUCUUCCUCUUCCUCUUCUUCCUCGUCUGACUCUGAUAGCGAUGCGGAUGACGAGAAGGAGGAAGAGACUGCCUCUGCUCCGGUUCCUGCUUCCAAGUCCCAGGGCACCAAGCGCAAGGCCGAAUCCAGCUCCUCCGAAUCUGAAUCCGAGUCUGAGUCGGAAGAGGCCCCUAAGUCCAAGAAGACCAAGUUAUCCUCUACCGAAACCUCGGCUUCUUCUGAUUCCGAGUCUGGUUCUUCAGACUCUGACUCUUCUUCCGACUCUUCCUCCGACUCCGAGUCCUCCUCUUCGAGCGAAGACGAAAGCUCUUCCGACUCUAGCUCCGAGUCCGAGUCCGAGUCGGAUUCUGAUUCUUCCAGCGACGAGGAAGAGAAGCCCAAAACUGAGAAGCCCAAGGCUGAAAAGAAGGAAAAGAAGACCGCCCCUGCCUCCAGCUCUUCUUCCUCCGACUCCUCUUCCGAGGAGGAGAGCGGAAAGUCCACUCCUUCGAACUCCGAGAGCAGCGAAACCGUUGAGAACUCCGAAUCUGAAGUGAAGAAGGCUGCACCUGCUGCCAAAGUGAGCGAGACCCUUUCUGCCAGCGCCAGCCCUGCUCCUGGCAACGGCUUCACCAAGAAGAAGCACACCGGUGCGCGGCCUACGCCCCUGGCUCUCCUCAGUGAGCAGCCCUACGAUCACCACCCCUCAAACGAAUACAUCCCCUACGCCUACGCCGAGAAAGCCUGGCAAGAUCUGUCCGUCACCCGCGGCAAGGGCUUCACGAAGGAGAAGAACAAGAAGAAGCGUGGAUCCUACCGUGGCGGCCCCAUUGACAUCUCGGGCGGCAAGUCCUUCAAGUUCGAUGACUAGAUGAGUGUCGGCGUUCUACUUCGUCACAUAUAACUUACGAUCGCUCUCAACUGGGUCCAGAAAUCAUUCUUUCAGCUUGCCAUGUGCCAACAGCUGCACAACGGAAGCUACCGAAUUGGUUCUUCUUUGCCCAGGGAGGAAAAAAGUCAUUCACUGUCACAUUAUUAGAUAAUCAGAUCUAGAUGCAUUGUUUUAGAUCCUGGGGUCCCCGAAAAUGUUUGCUUCUUGCAGCAAGGCGCUAAUGGAGCCGGGCCGGAGUUUUGCCCUUUGUGUUUCUUCAUUUCGCAUGUUUUCGCUUGUUAUCUUUCAUUCAAGUCAUGACUUUUGAAGACAUUACUCCUUCUAGUUACACCUAGACCUGUGUUCUGAUUCCAGUAGCGCAAAGUAAAAAGCAAUGAGUUUGGUCAAG